AUGAGCAAAACCAACUCAACUCAACCACCAGCACCUCAAUCCGUUCCGGUUUCCAACGACGCACCUUCCUCAUCUUCAUCUUCAUCCACCCCCAAACCUACCUUCAACUACGCAGCUGCAGCCGCUCGUUCAUCAAGCACCUCCUCUCGUCCGGGUUCUACCAACCCUCCCGCUGCUCCCGUUCCCGCUCCUGCUCCUGCUCCUGCUCCAGUCUGUCCCCCCUCCUUUGCCUCAGCCGUCGUUGCAACCUCAUCUCCCCUCGCCUCAAACUCAACCUCCUCCACCAAAACAUCCGUCAACCGGACCGCACCCGAUGCCAUUGCAACUUCUCGUGCCCCCAAUGGCGUAUCUUCUGCGAUCAAGUCGCCUGUUCCCACACCCGAGCGGAAAUCAAGCCUAAUUUCUGCAAAGAGCCAUAACAUUAAGCCAUCUUCCAGUCACAUCUCCUUUGGCUCUCUAGCCGAUAUUCCAGCCAAGGCCGAUAACCCUUCGGUUCUAUCCUCAUCUCCUGCGAAUCCCCCUACCCUCUCGCAGCGUGAUGGCCCUCCUGUCUUUGGAUCUGUUCUGGCAGAUCCAGCUAAAAAACCCGCCAAGUCCUCCUCACUGGUAACCUCUACAACAUCCACAAAACCCAGUGGCGCGCCUGCUCCAGCCUCUGGUUUAUCCGCCAAACCAGAGAAGAAGAAGAUCGACUUUCAAGCGUUUUUUAGGUCGGGAGGAGAAAGCGUCUCUAACCCACCCCCCCCACCACCACCACCUGCAUCCAGUGGAUCGUCUCCAUCACCCUCGAUCUCCUACCGCGGUGACCCAACACAGCAACAUCGGAGGAACCCUAAUAGUAUAGAUUCUCAUUCAGCUGCUCCUGCCGCUCCCGUUUCACCCCGGCCUGCACACAUCGGUAUCCCAAAUGGGCCUUCUGCUGGCGCUUCCUUUCACUCUCCUCUAUCUGGUGCCUCACGUGCUUUCACUCCAGCACAAGGUCCAUCACCCAUGUCACAACAAUCUCAGCAUCAUCACCAGUAUGGCGGUCACUGGCAAAACGGCCCUGCUCCUAACAGUCCUCAUUUCGUCCCUGGGAACCCACCGAUGAAUGCCAAUAUGCCCAACUAUCCCGUACCGAAUGGCGCCAUGGGAAACAAUCAUGGCGGUAAUCAAUCCCAGUAUCUCCCCAAGCCCCCACCCUUUCAGCAUCGCAAUGGUCUUGGUGGCCAAUCAGGUGGCUCAUCAAGCACAAUGUAUCCGCCCUCAAGUGGUAGGUCUAACCUUCAUCAUCAGCCAAGGAAUGGCAAUACCGGCCCUCCUAGCCCUCGAUUGCCACCUAGCAACGCUCCCAACAGUGGCCAGAGUCCGAACUUCCAACAUUCCUCGAAUAACCAAGGCAUGGCAGCUCCUUAUUGGCCACAAGGCACUUACCCACAGAACGGUCCCGGCCCAUAUCCACCUUAUGGGUACAAUCCCGGCAGCAUGCCACCAUACCCUCAUCCCAAUAAUUUCCCUCCUCCUCAGCAUGGCCAGCAUCAUUCACCUCAACUCUCCAAUCAGACCGGGCCAUCCGGGGUCCCUCCUCCUUCUGCACCACCUCCAUCUUCGACAUCGUCCGCAGCUCCACCUAAUUCUUCCCGAACGCAUCCAACCCCACCACCUCCUCUGCCGAUUCCUUCAUCACCAGUUCCUGCUAGUAAUACGUAUGCGCCUCCCUACCCUCCUGCCUUGUACUCUCCCGGUAGUAGUCACUCCAGAGGUCCCUCACUGUCAUACAACGCACCAACCUUCAACCCCUCUGCCGCCCCGGAUUUCAAGCCUCAUACACCAAACGCAGCGGCUCCUGCUUUCCUGCCUCGGAGAAGCGCUGCCGUACCCAUCAAAAAGCCCGUCACUCCUAUCUCCGAAACUCCUGAAAAGCAAGACGAAGGCUCCUCUUCAGCUCCCAUAUCCAAGGAUCGACGGACUAGUGCUUCUGCUGAAACUGGCACUCAAGUCAAAUUGUCGGAACCGACUCAGCAGAAGAUCAAGAUCACGGAACCUGUCAAAAAACCCCCUACAGGUCCAUCAAAGACCAACGAAAAGGCCCACGUCUCAGCUGAAGCCCAAAAGGCUAGCGAUGCCAAGAAAGCUGCCGAAGAGGCUGCUGAGAAGAAAAAACUUGAGGAGUCGAAGGCUGCCGAAGACGCUGCGGCAAAGGUCAAGGCAGAGAAGGCUAAGGCUGAAGAAGAUGCGCGUCUCGAUCAGCUAGCAAAAGAGAAAGCUGAGAAAGAAGCCAAAGAACUGGCCGAAAAGGAAGCCAAGGCUAAGGCCGAGAAGGAAGCCAAGGAGAAAGCCGAACAAGAAGCUAAGGCAAAGGUCCAGAAGGAACAGAAGGAGAAGGAGGAGCGUGAACGACAGGCGAAGAAAGAGCAGGAGGCCAAGCAAUUGGCUGAAAAGCAGGCCAAGGAGACCAAACCUCCAUCGGAAGUCAAAAGUGUCGAAUCUCAGACCAAAACAUCAUCGACCACUCCCAGUGCACCCACUCCGGCACAGCCUACAAUUAAGCCUGUUGAGUCCAAAUCAAGCGAAACUCCCGCCUCGGUCCGACCGGAACCCAGUACUACGCCAGCUCUUCCUUCUAAACCAGUCAACGGCGCCUCUGUGCCCGCCAGCGCUACCAAACUUCGCCCCGCUCCGAUCGACGUUAAUGCCCCGCCUCAGUCUAAGACCCCCGGUGAGAGCGUGACGCCCUCACUACCCUCCGCCCUUUCCUCUGCCCGGAAGAUCGAAGACUUGGGUAAAGUCUCAUACCCCGAAAACAUCCAAUCCCCUCGCUCCGAACUAAAUGCAGAUGCCACCCCUGGGAAGUUCCGAUACGAUCGUGCAUUCCUUCUUCAAUUUAUGGAAGUCUGCAAGGGCAAACCGGUUCAGUUGCCAGAUCUCGACUCGAUCGGUAUGGUGGACCCGCACAACGCAGGCAUGAACCCGAUGUCACGGACUCAAUCUACUGGCGGACAGCGGAGGAAUGCAGGUCAAAUGCCGCCUAGCAGUCGUGGCCCCUCAGGCUCACUUACUCCCUCUGGCGGUAACAUGUCAAUGAUGGGCCCUGCCGGCCUUGCAAACCGAGCCGGCCCUGGUGCUGGUAUGCCGAUGUUCAACACCGGCGCCACUCGAAGCAGUGAGGAACGGUUCAACCAAUCAAAUCGGCCGAGUAUGGGUGCCAUGCCUAUUGGUAUGGGGAUCAUGCUACCUGGACGACCCACUGGACAGAUGUCACGCAGUCCAAGUACCAACGCUCUACCCGGAAUCAUGUCUAAUGGUGCUCGGGAUACCAGUCGGCGCAGCGGCAGAGGAUCCAGACGUGAUGGUGCUACUAGCCAUGCUCCCUCGAACGUCAACACCAAUCUCAAUCGGGGUAUGUCGAUGCAGCAGAUGUUCCAAGUCGAGGUGGUUCAACCUCUGCAGCCAUCUGCCAACAGUUGGGCUGCUGCCCGAACAACCGUAUUGGAAGAAGAUUCUCCUGAACUGGUCAACCGGAAAGUCAAGGCGCUUCUUAACAAAUUGACAUUAGAUAAGUUCGAGUCAAUCUCCGAUCAAGUGAUCACGUGGGCCAACAAGUCGGAGAAGGAGCACGAUGGUCGAAUCUUGAGGCAAGUGAUUGCGCUGAUCUUCGAGAAAGCGACCGAUGAAGCGCAUUGGUCGGAGAUGUAUGCCAAGCUCUGCCGGAAGUUGAUGGAGAAGCUGUCGCCUGCAGUCAAGGACGAAAACCUAUCGGAUGGCCUAGGUAACAAGGUGCAUGGUGGUCAGUUGUUCCGGAAAUAUCUACUCAAUCGGUGUCAAGAAGACUACGAACGUGGAUGGAGCAAGCGAGACGAGCUCGCCGCUGCCGCUGCGGGCAAGGCAGCCGAUGAUGCCGUCAAACAGGCCGCAAAUGAGAAAUCCCGUGCCGAGGCGGAAGCCGAAGGCAAGGAAGCGCCUUCAAAAGAAGCUGAGAUCCUUUCGGACGAGUACUAUGCUGCUCAAAAGGCUAAGCGACAGGGUCUUGGUCUUGUUCGGUUCAUCGGAGAACUGUUUAAACUGAACAUGUUAACCGAGCGAAUCAUGCAUGAGUGUAUCAAGAAGCUACUGUCGAAUAUCGAUACCCCUGAAGAGGAAGAUAUCGAAUCUCUCAGUCGUCUGAUGAUGACAGUCGGUGGACUUCUUGAUCACGAAAAGGCUAUCAGCCACAUGAAUGUGUACUUUUCUCGGAUGGCAACUAUGUCUCAAAGUCCUCAUCUGAGCUCUCGAGCUCGAUUCAUGAUUCAGGAUGUCAUCGACACCCGUAACAACAAAUGGGUUGGCCGUAACGUUGCUGCCGGUCCUAAACUUAUCUCUCAAAUCCAUGAAGAGGCUGCUCAAGCAGCUGCAGAGCAAUCACGACAAGCUCAACAAGCGAGCAAAAACAAGAUGAACGACCUGUCGCGUGGCGGCAGUCGAGGUGGACGGACCCGAGACCAGCCAGGUGGAGAUGGAUGGUCGGCUGUUGGUGGGGUUUCCGCCCCUCCUCCACGCCCUUCGAAAGCCGGAGAUUUGACACAAUUUGGAAAGCUUCGUGACACGUCCUCAUCUGCUCGAUCAACAUACGGUCCUUCCAACGUUUUCGCCAACAAGGGCAAGCUGAAGGAUGCCAAACUGCCGAGCGAUCGAGAGCCUGCAGUGGCGGUAGCGCCGAACCCAUUUGCGGCGCUCGGAGGGGACACCCAUGAGGCGACGAGUGGGAAUGGGCUUUCUCGGAAGCCUAGUGCGGCCGAGCUGGCGCCGGCCGGCCGACCGCGAUUGAACCUGGCGCCACGGACGUUGCCCUUGCCCGGCCAGUCGGCCGAGGCCGAAGGGGCUGAGAAGAAAGAGGGCACAACGGGCGACGAAGCGGAACCGAUGAAGGCAGAGGAGAUCUCUGACGAACAAGCCGAGCGGGCCGUCAAGUCUAGAGUCGAUGAAUUCUUCCACGUCCGUUCUGUUGCCGAAGCCGCCGCCUCCUUUGUCUCUCUCUCCCAAACUCGCCACCAUCAACUCAUCCAUUCUCUGGUCGAGAAAACACUCGAGAAGAAGGCCGCCGACGUCGACCUCACUGCUUCUCUCUUCCAGCAUCUCGUCAAGGAGAACAUUGUCCCAUUGGACAUCUUCCUCAAAGGGUUCACGCCUGUUAUUGAACAAUUAGAUGAUACCUCUGUAGAUGUUCGGUUUGCAUAUGAGUUCACUGGUAAACUGUUGAAAGCCGCCGGACUGGCUGAGAAAGAGGUGACUGAAUUGGCCCAGAAAAUCGAGACUGAGAUGCUCGAUCAGGCCGCUAAACGACUCCUUGACGGCUUCAAGUCGGCCGCUUUGCAGUGA